AUGGCGGGCCGUCCAGUCGUCACCGACGCGUUGGCGUCCUCGAGCGCGGCGUCCACUGCGACCUCUUCGUCCAGCAGCGGCUUCUCAUCUGCGCCCAUCAAUCCCGUGGUCGUGAGCAGCCACAACCACCGCCGGCGCGUACAGAGCAGCAGCUGGUUCCCUAGCGACGUGCCGACUCAGAAACCCGCUACGGCCGACGACGUGUCGAAUCAGAAGAACGCCACGACGGACAACGUGUUGACUCAGACCAGCGGCACAGACCAGCGGCGGACUCAGACCCACGUCGUCACACGUGACACGCAACGGCCAAUCGAUGCGGCGCGUGAGUCGCGGACUCAGACCCACGUCGUCUCAGGCGACGCGCCGACUCAGACGACCGGUACCACUGGCGACUACGCAUUGAACAGCUAUACCCCUUUACGUACAACUGCAACUACUGCAACUACUACCAGGACGAAGGACCGGCCGUUUCGAGCGGCGUCGCUCGGCAGCGCCUCGUGCUCUUCGGGCACCGCCAACAACGACGAGGGCGUGAGCGGCGACGACAACGACAACAACAACAACGACGACCACACGAGACCGCGACCGAGUCAGGCGCUGCCUUCGCUGUCGUUGGGCAGUGCGGCGCUAUUGCAGCUGAGACACCACCGACACGGCAGGGAGUUCAUUGCCUCGUCGUCCCCAUUCAGUCGGGCUCCGAGACACACGAGAACGUCUACGCCGGCCACGAACGCAACGGGACAAGCUCAGGGACAAGGCACAAGCGGUAUCGCUGGAACGAGGUCGAGGUCGCAUCCGUGCCAAGAGGAAGGCAGCGCUUUGGUCGCUCCGGAUGCAGACGGCAUCGAGCACGACCGUGACAGGGCGCACAAAGACGUGGAGGAGAAAGACUUGUCGGCGCCAUCGUUGCCCACGGACAAGCAGCAGGUCCGCAUCUUGUUCCAUGGACGAGCGAUUCUGGCUCAAGACUUGAUUGGCCUUCGUGUGGCCAAGACGUUUGCCGGCGCCGGACGCUUUCUGGGGCAAGUGGUCAAGUUUGACAAGCGCACGGCGUUGUAUACAGUGGUGUACGAUGACGGGGACGCAGAGGACCUGACGGUCGACCAGACGCUGCAGAUCUUGACUCAAGACGAGAUCGAGCGCGCAGAUCCCGCACAGCUACCGCUGGACAUCUCUCUGCUGGGUAAGAAGAGCGACGAGGCAGUGUCGCCGGCCAGCCCGGACUUUGUGGCACCGCCUGCACCUGCUUCGCGGCAAAGCAGUGCUCCACAACGCCGCGUGGUUCUUCAGAUCAGUGAGCGCGAGACGCGAUUCGUGAUGAGUUUGUUUGAGAACCACGCGCUUCCUGUUUUACUUCGACGUGCGUGGCGUAUGCAGGCGAACGAGUCGGGAAUGGGAACGUGCUUUAUCUCUCCAAGCGGAGAGAUGCUGCCAUCGGCGCUAGACGUUGUGGGAUACAUCGCGAAGGAUGACGAGCUACUGGCAUCGUGCUUCCCAGCGAACGUGCACUCUGCUAUCCUGUCGCUGCUUCCACGUGAAGCUGCAGUGAGCUCUGCACCGAUUGCCGAUUCUGGUAGUACUCACCGAACAAGCACCGCCGACAGCGCGUCACGAAAGCGCACAGCCGCCGAGUCGUCAAGCGCCGAGCAAGUGGAUGACAAGAGGACACGACAAGUACGCGAGGAAGCUCGAGGAGGAACUGCGUUUGCCAUGUGCGCAGGAACGGCCCGAAGCAGUGAUACGGCACUGUCUCGGCGACAUAACGAUUCGGAUUACCGAGUUGCCUGCCAUGUCUCUGCUUACCGUGAGCAAGGCAUGGGCGGACGCAUUCGGACACCAGGCAGUCUGAUCGUUGGGAACGGAAGCAACAGCACCAGUGAGGCUCGUACCCAAGCUUCCCCUGUGCUGCGAGGAUACCGCAGGACUGCUGGCCGUGGUCCAAUGCUCGAGAAUCCGUUUGUGUCGAGAUGGCCAGAAGCUGGAGCGGCCCACGAUCGUGUCCAACCUGCCGAGUAUGGCCACCGAGUUGACAACACGCUCGGGCGGCGCGAACGGGGCGACGUCUUUGCGCUGGAUCACCACGUGGAAGCGCAGUCGCGUGACUACACACGUAGCGAGGAGCGCAGUCGCGUGCAUCGAUUGAAUGCGCGAGAUCCAGCGUAUGGUGAAGGCACUGGAGUUGGUGGUGCUGCUGCAUCGGGUCGAUAUGCGGGCUUCUAUCGGGACUUGACGGCGUCUUCACGUGGCAGUCAAGUGGAUACAAAGACGAAUGGUCUUGCACGCCUGCAGCUGUCUGCUCUGCGCACAAGGUCUAGCGACUAUAGUCGUGCUUCUCCUGCGGACCGAGCUCCACGUGGAACAGCCAGCUUCAUUUUUCCAGCCGACACAUUUGGCGGUGCUGGUGGUGGUGGUGCAUCAGUGAAGCCCAGCAUUCGUAUAUGCAGCACCAGUCUAUCCAGCAUCACGAUCAACAAGGCGGUGAAAGUAGCCACACAUCCGCAGGCAUUGCUUGUGAUGGUGCAAACAACUAAGCGCUUUGGUUCCGAGGAACACGGCCAACGCUUUUGA